CUGGUAGGUCACGUGAUCUCCGCCAUAUUCCCAGGGAAAAGAGAAGCUCGGUGCUGCAUUGUGUCGUCAGUUUGAUAACUAAAUCUCCAAGCAAACGGAUUUGUACAGACUUUUUGCCAUGUUUGGCGGUCGGAAGACAACUCCUACCUUCUCUAGACACCAGAGAAGGCGCCGUGCGGGGACUCUCGGCUUCCCUGAGGGGGCCUGUGCCCGUCUAAAGUACCUACCGGAGGGACAUCAAAAUGUCGUACGGCAAGUCGAACUGGCGAAGUGUACAGGUCGGGGGUUGACUCGGGCCAUACAGCUGUCUGCUGCCUUUGUUGAGGCAGUGAACAACCAGCAGAAGCUGAAGGACCUUCCCCAGAUCGUGCGGAAACUGUCCCAGUUUACCAUCGGGCCAUGGAUGGACUAUCACACCAUAUUGAGACUUCUCAAGGAGCUCCGUGAGCUUCUGACAGCACAUGGUUUUGAGGACAACCCUGGAGUGCGGUGGAGCAACACCACACGUGCCUUCAACACAGAGGUCUUCGAUGUGUUUGAUGGAAGUCAGGUAGUGAUAGAACUUCUGAUGAAGCCCAUGCUGUAUCCUUCUGAAGACAAGUCAGCUAGAGAACAGGAAAAAGUCCAGCGAAUGCAAAACCUGUGUCUGGAGAUCUUACAUCAUGUGUUUGCCAAUGUGGGUAUUAUAGCCCAGGAGCGGGGAGAGCCGCUGGACCUGGUGCAUUAUUUAUUCAGCCUGAUGGCCCAGCAGCGGACCUUCCUGAACGCCGCCACAGUGUUAGAGGACAUGCUGCAAGUCAAGAAGGACAUGAUCCGGCUGGAAAAUAUACCCAACUUCCCUGAGCUUGUAAACAAGUUCAACCAACAACAGCUGGCCAACUUCUGCCGCGUGGUUUCCGUGGCGAUGUCGGAAUUGAGCGAAAGCGAGGAUCAGCUGACGCUACUGUAUCAGGACGAAGCAGCCAAGAGACUGUCAACUAUACCCAUACCAGACUGUAACCAAG